UCGUCAGUCGGACUCGGGCCGUCGUCGGGUGUGCACGUGUGUGUUGCAUGUCGCUGGUCGCGUUUACGUGCGCGAGCGUACACGGGCUUGUCACUGAGAAAAAAAAUCGAGGUAAGAAUUCUCACUUCGACUCGUCGAUCGUUGAUGCAUCUCGGAACGAGAGUCGCCGAGUGUCGUCAAGUAUCCCCGUCACCCACACCAGGUGAUCCGCCCGGCGAGGAUCCCGUGCUCUCUCGCGGACUCGCCCUUAGCGCUCGAGCGUAGCAUGUCUUGACGAGUAGGAGGCACGUUCUCGACAAGGGUUUUUGGCAGAUAAGGAUCCGGCAAAAUGGCGGGCGGUCAGCAGCUUCCGGAGCAGUACACGGUACCACAAUACGCGAAGAUCUUUCACAGUCUGCCGCACCUCAACGUCUCUCUACACUCGGUCAAUAACACAUUCAACCCGCAUUCCGAAAUAUAUUUGGAGAGCCUCGGGAUAUUGGGAAGUAUUCCUGCAGCCUGGUUAAUCUUAACGUUGCUGGUAUUGUUGGUUUAUUUGGUAACGAGAUGCUGCGACCGGAGGCCGCGCCCCAAGAAGUCGAUAACCGCAUUGAAGUGUUCCUUGGCCAUCCUAGCGUUGCUCUGUAGUGGAGCAGUUGCUGUUGGUCUUUAUGGCAACGACGACGUGCACAACGGUUUAGUGCAACUGGUAGCCGCGGCGAAGAACGUCGAUGGAAUCCUCAUGGGCGUCAGAAAUCAGACUGACACUAUAGAAGCGACUCUGAAGAAAAAAGUGCAACCGCAAUUGACCGCCCUAGGUGACGAAUUCGACGCUCCGGUCAGCAAUAAAACUAUGUUAGGCUGGCUAUUGGUGGCACUUAACGGUAUGAAGCAAAACACGAGCAUCGCUGUAAAUCGGAGUUUCGAGAUACGAAAGCCCUUAAGCGGUAUCAGUCUCGCUGGCGCCAUCGGAAUGGGAGAGAAGAUCGAGCAAUUAAGAUGGCCUAUCACUAUGGCAGUCUUGAGCGCUCUACUUGUUCUUUGUGUGGUUCUGGUGGUCGGUGUUGCACGGCACUCUAGAUGCGUCCUCAUAACAUUCUCCGUAUUCGGCUUAUUUGCGGUAAUCGUCUCUUGGCUCAUGGCUUCCUUAUAUCUGGCCACUUCUGUAGCACUAGGUGAUCUUUGUGUAUCGCCCGACGGUUAUCUAAGCAAAGCCGUACCGUCGACCUUAGCCUCCGAGGUACUCUCGUACUACACACAUUGUGAGAACACGCGCAGUAAUCCAUUUACGCAGAGAUUGCGGGACGCGCAACGUGCGGUGGGAAACAUGAGGCACAAUUUGAAUAGCGUGACUAAAUUAGCGAUAGAACUGUUUAAGGAUCAGCAACUCCAGCCGAAACUCAGCAGCUUGUCCACCGAUGUUAAUACUGUAGACAGACUUGUAUCGGGCCUGGCCACAUUACUCGACUGCAAAGCUCUACACAAGCAAUACGUUCAUGCCGCUAAGAGUCUAUGUCACUUGGGAUUGUACGGAUUAAGCUUUAUGCUAAUAGCCAGUUUAGCCGCAGGUCUCUUGUUCACUGUACUAGUUUGGGUGGACUCGCAUACAUGGAUAUAUAUACGAAAACGAAGGGAUUACCAUCAAGUCGAUGAACAAGAUCCUUACUUACCACCGUCGGCAGCCUCGCAAGCGAUAGCAGCGCGGACCCUUCGAGGCCAAGGGUCGUACCCGCCUACAGCCCCUACGCUUAAUUCGAAUGCUCUUGGCACUCAUAAUACGAUUAAGCAGCCUCUCUUGCUAACGCCGCCCCCACCGUCCUACGCUACUGCGACUGCUCGAGCACGUCAACUGCACGAGAGCAUGUUAAAAGGUGGGGGUGUUAACGGGAGCGGAGCAGGCGGGGAUCAUAAAUCAUCUCAGCAUAAUCAGCAAUCAACGGGUGGACGAGCUGAACACCGUUCUGGACUCGGAGAUCAACCUGGCCAGUACGCGACUCUGAGCAAACAGUGCAAAACGCUAGAAUCCAGUGACUUUUACUGAGGGCACGCCCCCGCAGGGCCCGGUAGAGAACCACCUUGGACGCCCAGCGUGGCGUCCUUCACCGGUACCCUGUCUCACAAUUCGCACGGACCCGCGCACCUUGCCACUUUCCAGGACUCUCGCAAGACGCAAACGCUGGAUCCGAAGAACCUGGCCAAUCUAAAGAGGGGUCCGACUCCGGCCUGGAAUCAAAAUCGACCGCUCCCGCCGAAUCCCGCGAGUCAACAGCAGCCCACGUGGGAGUUCGAGUCGCGCUCGCAGACUAACAUGAAUCAGUUUCGAUCGUUGGUGCGGAACAAGGCGCCUAACAUUCGCAUUCAGGAUCAGAUGCAGGAUCAGGUCAGGACUUUGGACAGAAAUUUCUCGCGCAGUCAGUUCAACGGUACCGCCGCGCAAAAUAACACGGUGCCGAAUAUGUACGGUACGUAUAAUCGAGCGCAGGGGAGGCAGGAAAAGCCGACUGUGGCCACGCUGAGUCAGGUACAGGGUAGCGAUCCUAAUCUGUAUGCCGUAACGGAACUCUAAUCAUGGUAAAGAAAGAAGAGACGAUCGUAUUCAAUGUAUGUGAAUCAUAUUUUCAAAACAUUGUCAUUUUACCUGGGGAAAAAUCUUGUCCUUCGAUGAAGGACAAGUUCAAGUCGUACGAUUCGGAGUUCCUAUUUAAGAGAAAAAAAUGGCAAAUCGAUUUCGGGGAUCUGCGAUAAAAGUGAGGGAAAAAGAUGUGAGGAGGAGGAGACGAGAAAAAUCUUAGAGAACCUAGAAACUUGUGUGAGACAUACUUUAUAUCCGAGAUUUUGUACUUGUAUAUCAUGUACAGUGAUUGUGGUACGUCCUUCUGUGUUAGCCUCUCUCUUUGUUAUCGCGUUCUUGAUCAGAUCGCGCGCGAAGUAUCCAGAGAGGAAUAGGUACUUAAAGCGGCGACGUAUGUAUUUAUUGCUUGGUUGGUUGAUCGACAAGGUACAUCUCAACGAAUAAGCACAAAGAUCUUCAUAUAAAGAUAUUUACAUUGACAUCAUUUACAGAGAGACUAUUCGCUUGUUCAUUCUAAAUUAGCUGUUAAUUUCGCGUACAAUGUUUAACUUGAGGAAAGUUAAAUAUCGUUGAAUGUCCUGAAGAAGAAAUACCAAAAUAUACAAUGAGGGAGAGAGAUAUACCGAGGUUUUUAUAUAUAUACUUUUUACAUUUUAUCACCGAGGGAAUCUACGUUGAAUUUUUCUCUGAGAGAUAUGCAAUACACUUUAUAUAUAUAUGUGUGAACGCGUUAUAUAUACAUACAUCUCUAGUUACCGUACGAAUGUCUCGUGAUUUUUACGAGACACUUUGGCAGAAGUCGAUUGAUGUACGAUGUACUGCCAAUGCUUAGGCGAAUAUAUUUUUUAAGUACAAACAUGAUGGUAGCACAGAUGUUAUGCGUUUUCAAUUUUCACAUGCGGAAGAGGAGCUAAAACACGCGCGUGAGUGUCCGAUUUAUUAUAAAAAUUACUGGAAAUCUACUUCCACAAGUCGUACUAGUUAAACUUACUGUAUUACUUUUUUUUUAAGGCGGUGGAAGAAAUGGAUCUAAAAUCGAAUCUUACUUUGUAAGGAUAGAAAAUGAAUUUUCUGCGGACUGCAGUCUUCCUGAGAGACAUUCUGUAACACCAGAGAUAUACCGGGUAUAUAAUCUAGCGAUUAUUUGAUGUUUGUCAAAUAGCGUCGAAUAUCAAAUAAUUAUUUUAACACCAAUGUUAAAAUAAUAAAGAUGAUGAGAAGUAGAAUUUACGUGAAAAGGCUCAUCUUUUAAAAAAUUUUAACGUAACUUUCAGUAAUUAUUUCCCGCUUGCUAGAUAUCUUUAUAAUCGCCACGUUUUAAUCGUAAAUAAUUAGAUCCGAGUAUCAAGGAAUAAUUUUGUGCCUGAAUAACCGGAUGAGUGUUGUUUACGAUUAUCAGAGCAUCCGCUUGGCAAUUCGUCAAUUCUUGCCUGAACGGAUGCCUGAGGUUGUAGUGUAUUCGGUACAUCUCUAAUUGACUACUAUUUAGAAAUUUCUAAGAGUCGAUAGAUUUUCAAACGAUAACAAGUGACUUUAUACCAGCAUCCGCAUAUAAUUCAGUAAAUCUGUAUAUAAACAG